GUCUGGAUCCAGGAAGUGAACACUGACAGUUUCGGUGGAAAGCAACAAAAAGAUUUGCAUUUAAAAAUAUAGUUUGUCAUUAUGUCUGCUAGAAACCCGGGCACGCAACUUGAUCUGGAAUGGGUCUCCAAAGUGAGAGUGAACACACAAGCUGUACUUCGGAGAGCUCAAUCCAUUCAAGGACUGAAGCUCCCCAAGAAACAGUGGCAGGCCGCCUGGCUGCUGAAGGCCGUCACGUGUAUUGACCUGACGACUCUGGCCGGAGACGAUACGCCGUCCAACGUCCACCGACUGUGCAUGAAGGCCACCCAGCCCGUCCAAUAUGAGCUCCUCAAGAAAAUUGACAUGCAUGACAAAGGGGUAACAACCGGUGCAGUGUGCGUGUACCCGUCACGCGUGGCCGAUGCGGUCACAUCGCUAAAAGCCGCCAACUCCAAUCUUCCAGUUGCGUCGGUGGCGACCGGUUUCCCGGCAGGUCAGACUGCACUGGAGACGCGUAUUAUGGAAGUUCGUAUGGCCGUAGCGGACGGCGCCACUGAGAUUGACAUCGUCAUCAACAGGACGCUCGCUCUCACCGGACAGUGGGAAGCCAUGUAUGAUGAGAUCGUUCAGUUCCGAGAGGCCUGCGGCGACGCUCACAUGAAGACCAUCCUGGCUAUCGGCGAACUGGGCACCUUCACCAACGUCUACAAAGCCAGUUUGGUCGCCAUGAUGGCCGGUUCUGACUUCAUCAAAACAUCCACGGGAAAGGAAUCCGUCAACGCCACUUACCCUGUCGCCAUAGUGAUGGUGAGGGCCAUACGUGAUUACUUCCUGCGUACGGGUCACAAGGUGGGCUUCAAGCCAGCGGGGGGCAUCCGGACAGCCAAGGAGUCUUUGGUGUGGCUUCUGCUGAUCAAAGAGGAGCUAGGCAACGACUGGCUUACUCCUCACCUCUUCCGUUUGGGAGCCAGCAGCCUCUUGGCUGACAUUGAGAGACAGAUUUAUCAUCACGUAACCGGACAAUAUGCUGCCUACCAUGAGCUUCCUAUGGCCUGAAGCUCUGGAGAUGCUCCAAAAGACCAACAAGGACCUCAAGUUCACCACACAAGCCUGACAAUCUCGUUUUCUACCAGUCAAGGAUAUCUCAGGGGGCUGCAAAAAAAAAAAAAUCUUUACAAGCCCCAAAUAUUCUAUAUGUCAUCUAAUAUGGGGGUUCAGUGCCCCCUUGGCCCCCCCUCUAACACCGCCAGUGCUUUAUAUACUACAGCGCCAUUAAUAUGAUUUGUAAUGCAAAUUUCCUUUUCUUCAAUGUUUGACUGAAGCUAUCAAUAUUUUUUUUUUAUAUAUCAUGAACUGAAGUUGCUUGCACGAGUCUUCCAUUAUUCGUCAAGCGUUCCAACCUUCAACUGUGAUGUGCACCGAAUCCAUUAUGGAGGCUUGUUCUUAAUUUCAUUAGAGAGACAACUCAAGGAUGUGUGUGUGGGGGGGAUUAAUCGCUGGGGGUUAAGUGAGUUUAAAAGAUCUUGAUUGAACAGCUCACAAAACUGAGGAAUCAUUUGAAGACCCUAAAAAAAACUUUCUCUGUUAUUUUUGUUUAAUGAAGAUAUCAAAAGACUUGACCUUGAAGGAAAGAAAGCGUAAAUGAGUGAAUUAAUUACGUAUUUGCGAGAGAGAAAAAAAUUCAGUAUUUGAUGGAGGGAGGAUGAACUCCAGGGAGCAGUUUGGCUUCUGCACAAGGCUGGGAAUGAGGCCAUUGAAAAAACUGAAUUUAAUUGUCAAACAUUAUCUAAAAAUAUUUACCAUUCAAACCAAUUGUAUUUUUUUUCAACUGUGAAUAACGUUAGAGUGGCUUCAAGUGUUUUUUUUUUACACCGCUUAUCCUCAUUCGUGUCCGGGUCGAACUGGCUGUGUGAUUUAUCGAGUCUGAAUGAUGCCAUCUCUGGUGGAAAUAAAUGAUGCGACCGGACAACUUUUAAA